CAUUCUGUUCAGUUCAGACGGUGAAAAAUCAUUAAGUUUCCAUUAACUGUUAAUUAGAAAGAAGUAGAUUUCAACCGGUAUCUUUGUCGCGAGCUAAUCAUCUAUUGGUGAACCCGUUGAAUUUUCAUUACCAACAAUGAUGCCGAAGGAAGAAGAAAAUAUCUACGUCUUUGUGCCAAAUUUGAUCGGGUAUGCCCGGAUCGUGCUGGCGAUCGUUUCCUUCUAUUAUAUGCCAAGCAACUAUGUGAUGGCUGCUUGGUGCUACAUCGUUAGUGUCGUGCUAGAUGCCCUUGACGGACAUGCCGCAAGACACUUUAAUCAGUCUACCAAAUUUGGGGCUAUGUUGGAUCAGUUAACCGAUCGCUGCGGUACCAUGGGUCUUCUCGUCACGCUUAGCUACUUCUAUCCGAAGUACAUGUUUUGGUUUCAGCUGUCGAUGGCGAUUGACGUCUCCUGCCACUGGUUCUACUUGCACACGACCGUCUUACAAGGAAAGACUUCGCACAAGUUUAUCGACAUGUCCGGUAAUCCAAUUAUGCGCGUUUACUAUACCAAUCGGACCGUUUUAGGGCUAAUGUGCCUCUUCAAUGAGCUGUUCUAUGCUGCACUUUAUCUGCUACAUUUCACACCGGGUCCGUUGGUCCUUGGCAUUUCAUCGUUCAAACUGCUGGCCAUUGUUUCGGCUCCGGUUGCCAUCGCCAAGACUGCCAUCUCGGUGAUCCACGGCUAUGUUGCAAGCAGAAACAUUGGCGUGAUCGACGUGGCCGAACGUGAAGCCCAGCGGCAGCGUGAAGCGGCCAAAAAACCCCAAUAAGCGGUGCAAAGUUAGUCAAUCGUCCUAAAAUUGCUGUUCGCUUUGGGGUUGACUCUUGUCGCGUGUUAGUAAAGCUGCCGUACCUGACCAGUGCCCAAAGUGGCAAACCGGAAUACAAUAGGAUUCAUUCGGAGUGAUGCAGGAAACGGACAGCUAGCAAGGAUUAAUAACUUCAUUACCCCCCGAAGAGAUGUUAGUGAAGAUAAGAUACUAGUUGUAUUGUAUAUCGUUGUCGAUGUAAUUGUGUAUAUCUUCCCUGCAUGUAAUUUCGUCAUACUCUUGCUGAUAUUUCAGAAGAAAGGAAUAUCUGAAAAGAGAAAAGGAACUUUGCCGAUAACUACAGCAGGAGCUGUAAUUAAAAUCAUGUCUACCAAUUUUUCAAACCACAGUCUAAUGAACUCUGAAUGGACAUUAACGGGAACAUCAGAACGUUACCGUAAGAUACCGAUUUAGCCGACUGCUUGGUGCAGGUACCUUAGAGUUUAAGUUUUCAAUGUUUUAAAUCGCUGAAUCGGAACUAGUUGCGGUAUUCAACUUACGUAAGCAAUGAGCUGAAGAGUGUCAAAACAAUUAAUUGGAAAUGUUGUAUAAUGUUAUAGUUUUUGACUAAUCAUCGGCAACAGUAUUUUACAUUAAAAGAGUAUACUGUAGUGGAAAUUCUAGUAAACUUAGAGCACACGGAUUUAUCAUUCCACACAGAGAAAUCUUAAUAACAAAAUGCUAAAUACUAUAGUAGCACUCAACCAGAGCAUAGUUUAGCAUAUAAGCAAACAAAUAGUCCCUUCUUUUUCAAUCGUAACACUAACAAACGCAAUGAUAACAAUCGGAUUGGAUAGGUGGCUGCAUUCGUGCAGUUGGUUUUGGAGCAAAUUAUAGUGCAAUAGUGCAUUGCGAAAAGAGAUCCUGCCGUGAUAGUCUAGUCUUCUCCGAGAUGGUAGCUGCCUUUGCCCAGAGUAGAUGAAACCACAAAAUGAAACAAUCUAUCCAAGCCACAGGAUGAACCGACAACAUCAUAUUGGUAGAGAAAUUAAAUGUACAAUCGACAAACAAAACCAAAUUGAAAUGAUAUUAUUUUUAAAUGCACGUGACCAUUUAAAAUUCGGUGAGCAAUAGGUGUUCCACUAACUUAUUUCUGUUUUUAGAAG